AUGUAUGUAAGUUCGCAAGAACAAGUUUGGCAUUUAUUAGAUAUUCCCAUUCAUGGUCAGUCUCAUAGUGUUGUCAUGCUAUCAAUUCACUUGAAAGAUGGCCAAAGUAUAUUUUUUGAAGAAAAUCGAGCUGAAAAUGUUUUGAGACAAGAAUCAGUUAGAUCCACUACUUUAACAGCAUAUUUUGAUUUAAAUCGCUCAGAUCCAACCGCCCAUGAACUUUUAUAUCAAGAUAUUCCAAAUCGCUAUAUAUUUAAAAACAAAAAAAUUAUUGCUGUUUCACCAAAAAAUGUCGAAUUAUAUCAUUUGCGAUUAAUAUUACUCUCAGUCAAAGGUUCAGAAGCUACAUCUUUUGAAGAGUUAAAAAUAUUUAACGGACAAACCUAUUCUUCAUACAAAGAAGUAGCACGAGUUAGAGGUUUAAUUAAUGAUUCUGGGGAAUGGUAUAACUGUAUGAAUGAUGCAGUAAGCUAUAUGAUGCCUAAAGCUUUACGAUUACUUUUCGUUACCAUUAUUUGUCAUUGUAAUCCAACUAAUCCUUUACAACUGUUUGAAGAAUUCAAAAAACAUAUGAUAGAGGAUUUUAUUCAUGAAGGAAACAAUAAUGACCAAUCUAUAAUAUUAUGUAUUCUGGAUAUAAAAAAACAAACUGAAAACAUUGGUUUUGACUUUUGUGACUUAUGUCCAUUAUCUAUUUUAGAAGAUAUAAAUUAUGAUCAAAAUCCAGAUAAUAUAGUUGUUGAUAAUACUACUGAUAUUUUAUAG